UAAAUAAAAAGAUGCGGACCCUGACCCAUUUGGUUGCUUGUUGUUAAAAAAAUUCGUGGCUUCUUGUGUUGUUCGCCGCCAUUGUUGUUCUUUCCGAAACCUCACCUUAUAACAUCAUUUAACUCAAUUAUUUCUCAUUAAACAGUCUCAAAAAAUGGCAACAAUAGUUUUGUACCCAUGUCCCGCUAUGGGCCACCUCAUCUCAAUGGUCGAGCUCGGAAAACUCAUCACCAAACACUACCCUUCCUUCUCUAUCGUGGUCCUCACUCUCAUCCCCUCCUUCAACACCGGCACCACCGCGGACUAUGUCCGCCACAUCUCCGCCACCUUCCCCACCAUUACCUUCCACCACCUCCCUGAUAUCCCUAUUGACCCACUACAAUUCCCCUCUAUGGAAGCCAUCAUCUUUGAGCUUAUUCGACUUAGCAACCCAAACGUCGAUCGAGCUCUUCAAUCGAUUUCUUUAUCUUCUAACAUCACCGCCUUCGUUAUCGACCCUUUUUGCAUGCCUGUGAUCCCUGUGGCUGCGAAUUUUAACCUGCCUGUUUACUACUUCUUUGCUUCAGGUGCAUGUUGCCUUGCACAAUUCCUUUACAUGCCGACACUUGAUAAAACUACCACUGAAAGUUUUAAAGAUAUGCAUACACUCAUCCAUUCGCCCGGUCUGCCUCCGAUACCAUCUUCGGAUAUGAUUGGCCCACUUCUUGAUAGAACUACUAUCCAUUAUUCGGCUUUUGUGGCAACAUGCGACCUAUUUCCGAAAUCAGCUGGAAUCAUAAUCAACACGUUUGAGUCGCUGGAGCCGAAAGCGAUUAAAGCCAUAAACGAGGGAGUUUGUGUCCCGGAUGGGCCUACGCCACCUAUCUACUGCGUGGGACCGUUGGUGGCGAGUGGUGGUGAUGGUUUGGACGAGUGUUUGAAUUGGCUGGAUUUACAACCGAGUGGAAGUGUUGUGUAUUUGUGUUUUGGGAGUUUGGGAUUGUUUUCGAGCGAGCAGUUGAAGGAGAUUGCCACGGGGCUGGAGAUGAGUGGAGUUCGGUUUCUUUGGGUGGUUAGAAGCCCGCCGUCAAACAAAGAAGAAGACCGGUUUCUGCCACUGCCGGACCCGGACUUGGAUGUACUUCUUCCAGAAGGUUUUUUGCAGCGUACUAGAGAUAGAGGGCUCGUGGUGAAGAAAUGGGCGCCGCAAGUGGCUGUUCUCAACCACAAGUCUGUGGGCGGGUUUGUGACACACUGCGGGUGGAACUCGGUUUUGGAAGCCAUAUGUGCUGGAGUUCCGAUGGUGGGGUGGCCACUGUACGCAGAACAAAGGUUCAAUAGGGUGGUGUUGAGGGAUGAGAUGAAGUUGGUGCUACCUAUGGAUGAGUCAGAAGGUGGGUUGGUGACCGCGAUGGAGGUGGAGAAGCGGGUUAGAGAGUUGAUGGAUGGGGAGGAAGGUAAGGUUGUUAGGGAGGUGGCAAAGGCGAGAAAAGAGGAGGCCGCGAUGGCAGUGAGUGAUGGUGGGUCUUCUCGGGUGGCUUUGUCUAAGUUAGUUGCAUCAUGGUAGCCGUUAAAUGUGGAUUGAUUGUACAACUUAGGUUAAUCCUAUAUAGUACACUUGUCAAAUUAUGGAACUGCCAUAAGAACUUGGUUAUGUUUGUAUAAUUUGAUUUUCUAGAUGGUUUGGAGAAUUGCUAUGCGUGAUGGAAAUAAUCAACGAUCAUAUACCAAAUUAAAUUUAUAGGUCAAAAUGGUAAGUAUGUGAUAACUAUGUUCAAAGUUAAUUGUGUCAUUGUAAAGUGGUUAGAGUGUCAUUGUGUAUUAUGUAAACUUAAUAACUUUAUAUAUACGUACGGUUGUGUUGCUCUAUUAA